AAAAAAAAAAAAAUGAGUGUUUAUAAAAAACGAAAUUCUCAUGAUAGUGCGUGUGAUGAAAGCAUACAACCACAGAAGGGCAGAGGAGACGAUGAAUCGAUCUAUUCGACAAGGUCAGCUUCUAGUUCCAUGUUUAGUACGUCCAGUCGAAUGAGUAGAAUACCCAACGCAGUAAAAACUUCAGUCAAAAAUUUCGUGAGACGUAAAAACAAAGACGAGAGCACGGAAGAAUCAUUGACUGCCAAAUUAAAAAGACAUACCAUCACCAAUAUAUUCAAUUCACGUCAUAAUAAACGCCAAAUUCAGCAACAAGAACAGGAGGAAAUUAUACCAACCACAACCUCCAGCUCCACUUUGUUCGGCUAUCACCACAAAAAUACCAAUGACUUGGCAAAAGCAAAAAGAAGAAACAGCGUCGUAAACUUAGCAUCUCGAUUCCUGUACAAAUCGUCAGUUUCUACUUCAUCCUUGAAGGAAGAGGAGGCACCAGAGGAUCCGAAAAACUUGGGCGAAUCGUUGUUUGGAAAACAAGUAGAUGAUCUCACGUUUGUUCAUCACGAAUCCGAUUCCAAAAGCGAAAAAGUCAUCAAGGUUAAAAAACAAGAGCCUUGGGUGAGGCAACGAGCCAAAUCAUGCCAGGAAAACAAGGCACCCAUGUUACAUCAAUUGGCAAAUAAAGGCUCAUCUACGAAAUUAACCAUGGAUCUGCCUGAAAAUGACAGUAUCCCAUACAAGAGUAAUAACAAGAUCAUGACAAGUGAUCUGCCAUUGUUCAAAGGACUGGUCACAACCACGCUAACCACUUUACACACAAGAUUAAGCACCGAAUGCGAUCGAGCACUCUCCAUGAUCUUAUUGGCCAACAACCAUCCACCACCUCAGGAACAGUUAUUAUCCAUCAUUUCUGAUCUCUAUAAAAUGACAGAAAUGGUAAAUUGGGAAUCUCAGCACGACCAAAAAAAAGAAAUUAAGGAUUCGAUCGCCUCGCUUGAACAAUUUGCCUCCACGCAGCCACUGACGGUGAUUAGUGUGAAGGACAUGGUCUCGACGAUGAAGCAGAUCAUGAAUACCUGUAUUUGUCAAUAUUACAAAGUGGUUGAAAAGGCCAUGAUUAUACCCUCCAAAGGCUACCGAAUCGAAGGUAUCAACAAGUAUGGCACCAACAUGAUACUACCACCUUCCGAAAGGAGCCCACAAAAUUACACGAUAGAGCACAUGGAUGAGGAAGCACACUGGUAUCGCACCUUUUUCCUUGAUUGUGCACAUGUUUACACUUUUUUUGGUUACAAUGAGGACGGAGAACCAAUAUUAUUAUCAGUCAAAGUCGAGGAGAACACGCAGACCGACACCAAUCGACAGUUUCGCAUCAUUUACCGUACAAAGGAAAAGGAUGAGCGUAAGGUGGUUUUAGAUUCAUUCUUGCUAAACGCACCAUCGACUCAGGAACAAGAUGACGAAAUUCCUGAAACAACAUGGAAGUCCAUUAUCGAGAGCACCUUUGACAUUUCGUUUCAGAAUUUUCUAAAAAUGGAUCAGGAAUUAAUGAUCUCGAGUGGAUUGCAGGAUGAAUUAUUAAGGCUAGACGAAAAUUCUUUACACACGAAAAUCAAGUUUGGUGUCCUCUUAAUUAAAGAGGGUCAGACCCGGGAAGAAGAAUGGUUUUCAAAUGGAGACGACUCGGAACCCUUUAACGAGUUUUUGAACAUUAUCGGUCACCGUGUUGAACUAAAGGACUAUACGGGUUGGUCAGCAGGAUUAGACACCAAAAGUGGGGAUUCCGGAGAAUACACAUUUGUAAAUCACUGGAAUGAAAACAUACUUGCUUAUCAUGUAUCCACUUUAAUCCCUUCCAGACCUGGUGACAAACAACAAAUCCAAAGAAAAAGACACAUUGGAAAUGAUAUUGUUUGUAUUGUAUUUGUACAAGGAAAUCAGCCGUUUAAUCCUACUGCUAUCAAAUCCCAGUUUCUACAUGUUUUCAUUGUCGUUCAUCGUGAGAUCUGCAAUGGGGUUAAACUAUGGAGGGUGGAGAUUGUUUCGGUCAAGGAUGUGCCGACAUUUGGCCCUAACCUGCCAGAGAAUUCAGCCGUAUUUCACAAUGAAAAGGACCUUGAACAAUUUCUGCUAGCCAAAUGCAAGUGAUUCAAUAUUGGCGCGGGGACUAGCAAAAGAGAAAACGACUGACCUUUUUCUGACUUUUUUUUUUGUUUGUAGUGGUAAAUGCGGAAUAUGCAGCGUUCAAAUCACCUAAAUUUGCUAUUCCGAUGAAAAGAGCGAGAGAAGGGAUAUUCACAAACCUUGUUGAGAAGGGAUGGAAGUUAUUAUUUAGUGAAACAUCUAAUAAUGCAGCAAAUAUAGAUUGUACGCUUGUGCAAAAUAAUAAUAAUAUACCAACAUCAACAACAUCAACAACAUCAUCAUCAU